UUAUCAACCACCUGCUCCCCCUGACCGUCCUCUCUCUGUGAUUGGUCAGCACACACUCAUAUCUAUUCUCUGAUUGGUUGUAGUAACUCUAUCUGCUCUCUGAUUGGUCCGGACAUCCGUCGGUCAGACGGUUCGGGGUUAUUUGAGGCCAGCUGAUCGUUUCAGGUCAUUCAGUGAAACGUUACCUGAGAGAGGGACAUCAUGGCGGGACGGCAGCUUCUCCUCAGACUCCUGACAACAACAACCAGAGCAACCAGAGCAACUUCUCAGCUGAGGAGCAACCUGCUGGUUCGACAGUCACACCGAGCCCUGUCAUCAACAGCGAGAGGUGAGUUUAUGUGUUUUAAUGAGGGACACAGAUUAAUAACCUGACAGAGGAGAAACACAAACACUCUGAGGAGUUUAAUCAUCGAUCUGAGCAGUAAUUAAUCACCACUGACUAAUUAAUAACCGAGAAUAUUAUCGGAAUAUGAUCGGGAUAUUUAUAGUUUACUGCGCAGAUCGACGUCUGCAGACAGGACGUCCGUACAGUGACGUCAUGACGCUGUCUGCUGAUUAAAGUUUACAAAUAUUUAAUAUAAAAUAAUAUCAUGACUUACAGUAAGUAAAGUUUGCUGUAAGGUGGAAGAUUAGAGCUUAGAUCGACUUUGUGAUUUUUAAUCGGCUGAAAUGAAAAACCGAUUAAAUUAGUCAGUGAAGGUCAUCCGGACUCUGACACACACACACACACACACACACACACACACACACACACACACACACACACACACACACACACACACACACGGGGAGGGUGUUUCACUUUACUCUGACUUUGACUUUGUACAUGUCCUGAUUUAUAAAGUAACACAGAUUUAGUUUAAUCUGAUUUUAAUCUUGUAGAACUUUUAUAAUGAAACUGCUUCUAUUAAACACUCUGCAACCUAAAAGUACCAGGAACUUUUUGUACCAGGAAGUCAGAAUCAAAACAUGGAAACAGUGUCUGUGGGUAGUUGUCUGCAUUUCCACUUUGGGCCAAACCCCAGAAAUAUUUUGCUAAUUGCGACUACUCCAGUUACUCCAGUUCAGAUGUUCGGUUGAUUAAUAUGAAGGUAUUUCUGGUGUUAAAGGUUUGUGCGUCUGUAACAUCUAAUGUGUAGUCGUGUACAGUGAUUGUGUUUGUGUAUUAGUAAAUGUGAAAUCUGCACUUUAAGAGUUGCGUACUUGUAGAUUUUUUUUUUUUUUAAUUUCCACAAGUACAACCCAACAUUUACACAUUCAUAAAUCUUAAUUACAGGAGCACAAACCUUAUUUACAAAUCACAGAUUCAAACUCUGACACGCUCACAUAUUUGGUGUAAAACAUAUUUGUGCACCUGUAUGGAGGAAUGUGAAGUUGUGGACAAAUAUGAGCAGAUCUUCAUGUGAACUUGUGCAAAAAAUGUGACAUUUAUGUACAAUAAGCUUUCAGGAAAAUAGUUGUGUUGUUUUAAAACACAAACACAAAUCCAUAAUUACAACCGCUGGAAUCGGAUCACAGAUCGUGUUUCCCACAGCUACAAAUGGAGUCACUGAAUUCUUUGGUGUAAAAGGUGGUCACUGAUCUGAGAUUGACCAAUCAGAGGUGAUAGCAUUUCGUCUCUUUUGAAGAUCUAGCUUUCGUACCUCCAUCAGUCUACCUCUACUUCUCUCUUUUUCAGCUGAGUUGGUGCCCGUGUUUGUGAUGAAGCACCUGGUUUUAAUGUGAACAAAAUAAGAACAGUCUUCAAAACUAUUACGACAAUAAGGAGCCGAUCUUAGUCAAAAAAACGGUAGUAGUUUCCUAAUACUGGGAGUAACGCCUGAGGGUUUGAACAGGAGGUCAGAAAAAUAAAACAUCUUCAACAUCUUAUUGAGUCUAGAACCUUCAGAACCUCCUCAUAUAAUAUCUGGAUUCAAAAAGUCUGAGAUAUUUGUCAAAAGGAGCAGAUCAGAUUUUCACUCAGGCUUCAGAGAACCUCUUUUAAUGAAAGAUGGAAACUUGUGGAACCUUUUAUUGUUGCAAUGAGUUUAUGUAAGUGGUGUAAGAACUUCCUAUCUUUAUCAAAAUACUGUCAUCCUGCCUCUGACUAUAAUCUGUGCCUAUAAAUCUGUACUUUAGAGUGGACGUUGUUUAUUUGUGAUGAUUACUAUAAUUAUUCUCUUUGAUUUAAUUCAACAUUAUCUGUGGACGUUUGUAAAAAUUCACAUACAGCUGGAAAAAGGAAAAGAAAUGUGUUGUACUGAGAUGUUUAAACUGUAUUAUUGUUAAAAAUUUAAUAAAAAUUAACAAUAAAGAGAAACGGUUUCCAGAUAGACCAGUUUCUAAAAACAUAAAAGAUAUUAUAGAAAGUGUAAAAAAGGACCUGUUUUUAAUGCCACAUUAUUGUUUCCUGAUUAGACCAGUAUUCAAAUCAAUUAUAACAGAAAGUACCAGAACAUCUCUGUGUGUUCAGCGACCGGUGUUGAAUAUGUAAAUGUAGCUCCAGUUUUUAACAUAGACAAGUUUGUUUCCUGAUGAGACGAGCUCCUCAAACUAUUGAAGGACAUAAAAGUUUCCCAACAAAGGAAAGAUGUCAUAAAAUAGUCAUAAUUCCUCUGGAUCUAUAUUGUAGUGAAACAUGAGGACAUUAGGAGUCAAUCAGUAUCCCCUGACCCAACACAGUUCCCUGACUAGUUCCUGGUUUCUGGAGAAAGGACCGCUGAGUUUAAUCUGUUUUUAAUUUUCCAGGCAUACCGACUGAUGACGAGCAGGCGACCGGGCUGGAGCGCCGCACUCUGCAGGCGCUCAAACAGGGGAAGGUAAAAACGCGUUUAUCACCUAAUUAUAAUUCUGUUAUAAGUUAUGUAUCAUUUGUAUAAUAGAAAAGCUACAUUUUUAUGUAUAUGGAAAAUUAGUAAAUGUUAAAUAUUGAAUUUUGUUUUGUAUGAUGUUCUUUAUAAAUUGAGUUUGAAUUGUCCCUGUGCAGGACCCGUACAGCAUCCUGAAGCCAAAGGAGUACGCAGGAACCAAAGAGGACCCUCACAUCGUCCCGUGUAUCGGGACCAAGCGUCUGGUUGGCUGUCUCUGUGAGUAGACGAACACCUGUAACUCACCUGAUCUAUGAGUCAAUGGUGACAUCACACAGCAGGUAACCACGGUAACCCCUCUGUGCACAGGUGAGGAAGACAACACCGCCAUCGUCUGGUUCUGGCUCCAUGAAGGAGACGCUCAGCGCUGUCCGUCCUGUGGGUCGCACUAUAAACUGAUCCAUCACGAGCUGCCGCACUGAGACACACACAUGUGCACACACACACACACAUGCACAUGCACAUACACAGACUGCUCAUACUGCCCUCUAUUGGCCGUAAACUGUAAAGUCAGUCACUUCUGUCAUUAAACAUACCUGAAAGUGUCUCUCUGGAGUUUCUAUUUGUGUCGUUUAAAUUUGACUCCGAGAUAUUUUUUCUUUUUAUUGAUAAAUCUGAAAAAAAAUAAAAUAAUGAAACAAAAAGAAGAAAAAUAAACUGAAGAGGAGGUUUAAUCUGCUCCUGUUUAGCGUGCGUUCAAAAAAUCCAACAUUCUACAACCCAGCACUCCAGAACAGAGAACAUUCGGGAACUCUAGAUUUCCAGAACACUGCUGGAAUUCUGGAAUUCAGCGUUCUAGAACCCAGAAUUUCAAAAUACAACAUUAAGAACCCAGCAUUUCCUAAUUCUGCAUCCCUAAUCCAAAAAUAUAUAUGCUGCGUUCGAGUUACCGAAGUCAGAUGCUUGAGCUGAAAAUUAUGUCACACCCGGAAAAAGCAGAAUCGGAGGCCCGAAACAAGAUGGCUUCAUCUAGGCAAGUUAUUUUAGUGCUUGCCUUAUAUUCGAACAUCUGAGAACAGGUUGGUGUUUGGUUGAAUUUGCUCUUUAUAGAAAAAUCUAUAUUUGAGUCAAUCUGGUCUGGAUCUCUCGUAGUUCUUGUGUCUAUUUGAGGUUCACAGUCUCAUCCUGGAUCAGUCCUUCUUACUUUUACCUCACCGUCUGACAUUAUAAAAAUGAAAUGUUCAUCAGUGUUGGUAACACUCCUGACUUAAACUCCUAAUGAUCCGAACUAAAGGAGUGUGACAGCAGGACAGUUUCAUCCCCACAGUAACUCUUUAUUUCAGCAUCUGCUCUCUCUCUCUCUCUCUCGGUUUUAUUGUUAUAUUUAAGGCUUACAGCUGAGGAAUGAAAGGUUUCACACAGCUCUCAGUUUAAAGUCAAACAGAAAUAAAAACCCACAGGAUGAAAACGUUACAAACUCCUAUAAAACAUGAAGACACCUGCAGGAACUGAGCAUGAGCUGAGGCUGAAAAUGAGACGUUCGGGUCAGUCCACUCACCUCCACUCUGUGUCUUCACCUUAUUUUAAUAUUUCUAACUUAUUUAAUCAACAUUUACAGAUUGAUUAUGACUAAGGUUUUAUAAAUAACCUUUUUCACCGUCUCAUCUUCAGCUUCAGUGGAGUAACAGAGCUGCAGGUGACUCUGUUUACAGGUGUUCAUGUCACCAUUUUCAGACUGCUUUUCACCUUUAUCACCAUCAUCAUCAUCAUCAACAAAGUUUCACCUGAUGAAGAACAGCAGAUCACACCUGUCCUCUCUGUGGAUUGGUUCUAGUAGCAUCUGAAAUACUGACAUGGCAUCAACAAGCUUUAAACCCAUCACCACUCUGAUCGUCUGGACCCUCCUCCUCGUCCUCGUCCUCGUCUUCCUCGUCCGGACACAGACCGGGUUCUGUCCCGGUCUGAGUCCCUGGAGUGUUUCUUCUAACAGUAAAGUUCUCAGGCCAGGUUGAAGCCCUGAUUGUGAUCGAUAGCCUGUAAGAGUUUCUCUCUCAGAGUUUCGGCGCUCGUGUACUUGGGCAGGUCGAGCAGGUUGAAGCAGGUGUGAGCGACAGGUAAGUAGUGUUCCCCUCCCCCCGUGGGCUGAAUCACCAGCUUCAGACUCUUCAUACCCAGGAUGGGGAUCCGGUCCGAUCCUGUGAGGAACACUGAGACAGCAGACACACACCACGUCCCUCAGAUAAAUGUCAAACGUUAACAGUCUGUGGAUAUAAAUCCAGUGAAAUAAAGGCUGAAACGUGUAAAUGAGGCUCUUACGCAGAAACUGUUUCUUCUUCUCUAAAGGAAGCUGAUGAAAAACCUCCCAGAAGAGUUUGAUGGUGUGAUGAUCGGCCCAGUACUCUCCUUUAUACUCGGUGCUCUGUGGACAGACACACAUGAGUUUAAUCAGAUUAAAUUUAAACUUUAUUCUGGAUUACAGAGUCUGACCAUCAGAAUAACUGAGGCUCUAUAAAACCUGACCUUCUGCAGCUCCGUCCAGUCGUAGUUGGUGUUUCCGAUCACCAUGGCCUGAAGUUCGUUGGGCUGGAAAAGAUCCAGAACUUUCCCUCCACACACUUUAUGAAAGCCGGCGUAGAAACAUUCAAAGAGCGGAGCGAUCGACGCGUUGAAGACGUAAUCGACGUACGCGUUCACAAAAUCCUGCCUGUAGGAAAAAGACGUCAAAAUCAAAGAUCAGGAGUCAGAGACGAAAGAGACGAAGAUGAUUCAAUGAGAUUAAAAAAGGAAGAAUUACAGGUUACUGUUUAGAGAUAAUAAAAAGUUAUAAAAAUCAGAUUAAAUGGUCGAAGAAUUUUUAGUUUUUUUAUCAGGUGUAAAUGAGCUGCCACAACAAAAACAUCAGAAAACAGAAAAACAAACACCAUCUCUGUGAGGAUUUGAAAUAAAGACACAGUCAGCAACGUUUCUAAACAGACUUUCUGCUGCAAAGAAAAUAUUUCCCUAAAGUUUCUAUAAACAUUUACUUAUUUACCUGUUGGGAUCUUACCUGUUGGAUUUGUUGACGUUGAUGUUGUCGCCGUUUGGAACGAGCUCCAGCACCUCUGUGGCCCCGUAGUUUUCCUCUGUAAUCUGACGAACACGGAUCAGAGUUCAGUAAAGUGACUCUCAGUUUUAAUCUGGAGCAGUUUGGAGGUUUCAGGAUCUUCUUACCGUGAAGUUCAGACAGAAAGUGUCCUCCAGGUCGUCCUCGGUGUAGUCCAGCAGCUGCUGCAGACUCCUGUUUGAAUCCACACAGACUCAUAUUUAAUCAACUCUGUUUGUUCAUUUAAUCUGUUUUAAUCCAACUUUAAUCUGCAGUUUAAAAACACUCCUGAACAGGUGAGUGACCUCUGACCUCCCUACGUCGGGCAUCAGCUCCUUCAGGUCAUCCAUGUUGGGUUUCUUCUUCAGCAGCUUUUUGUAAAGAGCCACAGGGAAGUUCAGCUCCACGAUAGUCAGAUUAUAGAUGGCCAGACCGCAGAUUACCCCGAUCAGAUUAAACAGGUCGAUGUCUUCAAACGUCUGGAGGAAGGGUCAUGUGACAGGAAACACAACAUGUGAUCAAUAAUAAUUAUAAUUAUAAUUACAAUCAAUAUUAGACAAGAAUAUUAAAAACAAACAUCAUUGUAAUCUGUGUUAAUCUGUAAUAAUCUGUUAUUUAUAAUUCAAAACAGAUUCACUGGAUAAAUACAGCAUGUUAAUCUGUGUUAAUCUGUUGUAAUCUGUGGUAAAUAUUCCUAAAUAAAGAGAAAUAUUGAAAUUUACUGCAUGGAAAUUGGUGGUAAUCUGAAAUAAUCUGCAUUAAUUAUUGCUGUAUAACAGAAAAACUGAGAGCUCACUGUGAAAUUAUCUGUUACUUUGUCUAAAAUUAUGUUUAACAUCUUUCAUUAUACUAAUUAGCAGCAUGAUAAUCCAUGUUAAUCUGUGAUAAUCUGAGUCAGCAUUUAAAUGUUGUAUCACUGAUGGUAUAGAGCACGGUAAUCCAUGUUAAUCUGUGAUAAUCCCAGCAGUCAUUCAUAUUAAAACCCAGAUUUGAGUGUUUUAAUCUCGAUUAUCAGUUGCAGAUUAUGUCGUUUUUACACUUUGAUGAAGCGGCACGGAUUAUUGGUGAUCACCUUGUUAGAGAACCAGAUGAGCCUCGAGUCGUCAUGGUAACGAAACAUCCCGUACUUGGGGUCCAGGAGCUCCUUCAUGAUCAACAGGAAGAACUCUUUCCUCACCCCGCCUGCAUCCACGGCCUCCUCCCCCACAAAAAUCACCUGGGAGGAUCAGAUUACAGAUUAGGAGACUUCAAUCCACAGUGAUCAGCAUCUGAUCAGGUAUUUAUCAGCUGUUUAUUGAUCCACUCAGCUGCAGCCUCAUCACAGUUAGAGGAUUAAAGCGGGUUGUACCUUUAAGGGUUUCUUGUAGUCCACGUUCUUGGACUUCCUGAGGACCUCCAUCGUGUCUCCUACGAUAUUUUCUCUCCGGACGAUCAGGAUGAGACACGGAUUCACCGACUCCACCGCCGGCAGGAACAUGGAGCUGAAGUUCUGCAUCUGAGCCUGAUCCACCGCCAUCUUCACGACACAAAAUCACGUUAAAUCAUAAAUACAGUCUGACGCCGUUCUGUGUCCUUCACUCUGAUUGGUUACCUGCAUCUGGAUCACCGCGUCAGUCUGCAGCAGCGUCGUCUUCGCCUGAGCGUCAAAGACAAACGGAAACCUGCAGAGAGUGAACACGCCGUCCUGACCCUGAGACACAGACAGAAAUAAUCGAUCCAGAGGACAUGAUCAAUCCUUUUGUUUUAAUCCAUUAGAUCAAAUCAGAGUGAAGGAGCGAACGACGGAUCAACCCACCAUGGGGUACAUCUGCCUCUGGACCCAGCUCACGUAGUCGUUCCUGAUGUCCACCAGCUCGUCCAACUCGUGGAUGUAGAAUUUAUCGUACUGAAUGAUGUGACCCGCCCGCUCGCUCACCUGCGGAGCACAAAAACCUGAUGGUUAUAAAAAACAAAAGUCAUCAUAUGAUCCACGUCACAGCCUCAGAUCCUCAGGUGGAGACCUGCUGGUCUGUCUUCAUACGAGUCGACUACGGACAGGUUUUUACUGUCAGAGCUCCUGGACUUAAAGGGAUAUUCCGGCUGUUCUGAGCAUUAUUUGUGGCGUUUUGGUUGAGGUUUGUUUAUGGCUCCUCAGACCGCUGUGUAUUUCUAUCCUGUGGUCGUUACUAAAGUUGGUAUAACUAGAGAAGCAAGCGGUCGGCAACAUUCAUCUCUGGAGGGGGGGUCUGACUCGGUAUUACGGUGGGUUUGACCCUAAAUUAAUUUCACGUAGGAAUAUCCCUUUAAGAAGGACCAGUCUGAAGAGAGUCAGGGACGUCUUUAAAAAACUCACCUUCAGAGAUUUCCCUCUCUGUGAUAUUGUCGUUUACUCUUUCCUUUCUUCUGACUCCUUUUAUCCUUUUUUCAUUUCUAUCUAAUCUUGUUUUGUGUGAUGUUCCCUCUCUUUUAAUCUUCUUUCUUUUCGCUGCUCUGUCUGUUUCACUGCUGUUAUAGAUCUCAAAGAAAUUAAACGACUUAUUUUACCUCCUUUAAUUGUCUCAUUGUAUUUAUUUCUCUAAGUCCUAACCUGCUUUUGUUGCGCUACUUCUUUUGAGACUAUUGUUUUUAUCUCUCUAAGUGUUUUAAUUUCCUCCUAUCUUAUUUAUCUUCCUUUCUGCUUUUAUUCUUAUUAUAUACUCUGUUUCUUGUCGGUCUUUGAGGUUGUGAACUUGUUUGGGGUUCCUUCUCUCUCCUCUCUGUUUAAAGACUGAAUCCUGAUUUUUACAUCAAACAUGAAGUGAUAAAUGCGAUAUACGGUGACAGCCCUUGUCUGUCAUUUUAUCUCCUCUCACGGUGUGCAGGAUCUCCAGCAGGCGCAGCGACGUGUCGAGGAAACAGGUGAAGAUCCUCUGCUCUGCUGAAGGAAUCCCCACUUUAUGCAUCUGCAGCAGGUAAACCACCACCUCCUUAUACAUCUCCACCAGGUGCUGGAAGAACUGGGACUCCAGUUUGGACCACCAGUUUCCUGCAGAGACAAACAAAGUGAAAACCAUGCAGAGAAGACAAACUGAACUGAGACUAACGUCAUGGAAAACGGAUCCUCCGCCGUACCGAGCACCUUCAGAGGAGGCUCUUUGAGGCUGAUCACCGAUUUGGCGAAGGGGAUGGUGAUGGUGACGUAGUUGUUCCUUUCUCUGAAGAGCGGACACUCAGGCAGCGUGACGAAGAGUCUCAGAGCUUCAACAUCUGGAGGAGAAGAACUCAACCUGGGAAUCAGGUUCUUCUCCAGACUGGCAGCAAUCUGACCAACAGACAGAACAAACCCGAGCGUUAGAGAGAGGAUUCAGGAAAUCUUGAAUCCUUUCACUAAAAAAAUUUAUAUUAAUGUGAUAAUAAUUAAAAUUUCACAGCAAAUAGAAAACAUCAGAGAUCCUGUUUGUUUACAGUUGAGAAGAAAAAUGAGAGUUAAUAAUAAAUGAAUAUGAAUAACACAUGGGGGGGUGUUAGUGCGUGACCUCUGACCUGCUGACUGAUCUCUGGGUGGUCAGGUGUGAUCAACCUGUGAAACAGGAGGCGAGCCGUGUUCAUGUCCACACCUGAACACUUACUGCUGGUGCUGAAGUGAUCGAGAUUACUGAGGAGGAAAAAAACACAAAUAGAAAAAGAGAGUUAAAGCGAGUUUGUCCAGAUUAUUACAGAUUAUACAACAUUUAAAAUCUGUAUUCAUAGACAGAAACACGCCGAGGUGAAGUGGAGUUAGUUUGUCUGCAGGAGGCUGUUAGACACUGAUUUUAAAUAAAAGUCUAAAAUACAUGAUAAAAGUGUUUCAUCAAUAUUUGAUCACCUGACUGAAAGAAAAGAGCCGUUGAGGCAGCUGGCUGAUGAGAAGACGAGGUCGAUUUCACUGGAGGAAGAAGCAAAAACAGGUUUUCAUCGUCUUCAGAGCGAUAAGCUGAUCAGAUAUUAAAAAUACGUAUUAGACGAUCAAUAAUGAGGCAGAUUUACGUGGAAACUUCUGCAGGGAGUCGUCCAGGCGAAUGGUCCAACCAUCUCUGAAUGAUCUCCUCAGUCAGACGACAGAGUUUCCUGUCCAGGUCUACGAUCACUGCCCCGUUAAAAUUCUGAGAAAAACAACAAAAUCAAUAAAAAUCAGCUGAUAACAAAGAAAAAAAAAAAAAGGCUGCAAAUAUAUAAACAUUAUCUUCCUGUUAGAAAUCUGAAAACAUGCAGAAAACUUUUCACAGAGAAUAUUUUACAUUGUUUGUGCGGAAGUGAGCGAAGCUUUGGUCUCCUCCGGCGUAAAUCCUCCUGACACAGCAGAGCGGACCUGAAUCUGAAGAAAAACAAAGACGUUAAAGUCCGGACGAAAAAUCAAAGAUAUAAAAAUCUGAACAAGUUAAAAAGAAAAAGAAUCUGAAGAAAUUAAAGCAAUUAUAAAAAUUUAAUCAAAAUUUAAAAAGUGUUUUUCAGACUAAGAGUUGGAGUUUUUAUUGAGGUUAUUUUUGAGCGUUUUAAUAAGUUUAUUAUUGUUUUUUAUUUGUUUUACUGUCUUUCCACUUGUGCUGCUGUGCGUUGAGAAAACAGCAGGUCGUCUUUUUCUGUACGUGGAUAAAUGAGAAAAAGGAAAAGUUAUAUACAUUUUGAAUCUAGAAUCAUGAAAUAAAAACUUUAACAAAAAGAAGAAAUUAAAAUGGGGCCAAAAAAAAAUAAAGGAAGGAAAUUCUGGCAAAUAAAAAAAUAAGAAAGAAAAAUCCGACCAAAAACUAAGGCAGAGAAUUAUUAACCACAGUCGAUAUUAAACACUGAAUAAAAAAGAGAGGGAGUCCAUAAAAUUAAUAAAAGAAAACUCUGAUUAAAAAUAAAAACAGUGGACAAAAAAUAUUUGUUUGUUUUUUUAAGUGUUUUAAAUGUUUUUAUUGAUUUAAUUUUUAGACUUUUGCUGGAUUAGAUUUUUUUUUUUUUUUUUUUGUAAAUUGAAACGAUAAUUAAAAUAAAACCGUUCAUAUGACCGUCCUAAAAAUUUAAUUUUAAACCUCCUAAAUUUUCUGUUUCUGUCGAGUUUUUAUGAUUUACUGAUCGUGUCUUUUCUCGGGACAUUUGUAGUACGGUCAUUAAAGAAUUACAUCUGUUUGUUUUUUUUCGGACUCACCGUUAAUUAAAGUCUCUCCUGAGUCCGUGGACACCCACGGCCCUUUGACGGGGGCGGGGCUUUUCCUGUUACAGGUGGAGCGAGUGCCGAGCUGCCCGUUCCCGCCGAGUCCGAACGAGUCCAUCUUUCCUGAAGACGGCGUGAAGGCUAACGUGUGCUGCCUUCAGAUUCACAGGAAACUAAAUUUAAUCUUUUCCCUUUAAUAAUAUUACUUUAAAAAAACAAACUCAUGACGUCAGUGUCGGGAAAGUUUACCUUCCACAUGAAAUCUGUGUGACUACAUUUCCCAUGAGCUCAAACACCUUCCUGGGGUUGAUCUCAUGGUUGGUCGUGUUGUGUCCCAGCUGUCCGUAUCCUCCCGCCCCGAAUGUAAACACGCCUCCUUCCUGUGAGACAGCAGAGCGCGUUAAUAUGUUGGUAUACCAGUUUGUUAGCAUGUUGUUUGUGGUCAUGAUAUAAAUUUACAAUCAGAAAUAAAACAAAAAGGUUUUAUCCUCGACUAAAACUGAAACCUAAAGAAGCAAAGUGAGGCGUUUUAUUCAGUUAAUUUAUUCUUAUCAGAUAAAGUCGGACAUAAAACCAAAUAUUCAAUAACCUCCUCUGUCACAAUAAAGACUGAAUGUUUGACCUUAGUGAGUGCUGCGGUGUGAUCCUCUCCACAGGAGAUAAAAAUCACCCUCUGAGACCUGAGCGACUUCAGCAGAGUCGGAAAACAAUGAUCUGAAAGAUUUUAAAAAGACCGUUUCAGAAUAAAAUUCAGUAAAAAAAACUGUUCAUCCAAAAUAAAAAACAGUGAAAAUAAAGCUCUGUGGUACAGGUUUAAUAGUGAGUGUUGAUUUUUAUAAUAAUUAAAAUGUUAUUAAUUUAUACUGUUACUCUAACUCUAGAAAAUCAUGUUUUAAAACAGUUAUUUUAUAUGAUGAUGUUCAGUCUCAGUAUCUCUAUGUGAAAAAAUAACCUGACUUUAUUUAAUGUUAUUAACAUGUUAUAAACGUGAUGAUUUGUGACCUUGCGCCCUCCUCUAUUGUAGAUAAUGUUUGAGGUUUGGUCUCACUCUUAGUGAUCUGAAAUAGUGUCUAAAACCUGAAUAACGUGGAUCGUGUCAGAAGUCUGACUCUGGUUUUUGAUAUUUUAGUUUGACUCAGUUUCCGGUUUAAACUCUCACCGUUUCGGUCAUUGAGUCCCAGCUGUCCAAACUUAUUCCGUCCCCAUCCAAACACCGCCCCCGACAGCGUGAGGGCGAAGCUGUGAGCGCCCCCUGCUGAUAUCUGAGUAAAAGGAACACCCUGUAGAGACUGAAUGAUCUGAGGAGAACAAAUACUCUGUCCGUUUAUCCCCAAACCGAGCUGUCCGUAUCGAUUCUGACCCCACGAGAAAAUCUGACCUCCUGCACCGAGAAACACGAGAAUGUCAUAAACUGGAUUCAUACAGAGACGUCAAAAUAAUGCACCAAUGUGAGCAUGAGUGUUCAUGUGUUCAUCACCUCUGGAGAGAGCCAGGGAGUGCCAGUACCCGCAGGCUACCUGAGCGACCUGAACGUCCGACAGAGUCUUUAUAUUUCUGCAGUUUCACAGGGAGACAGGAAGUUCAGGUGAGUUCACAGAAACAGACGUUUGAACCUUCAAGUAUAUCAGUGUUAGAGGAGCGGGGCUGGACUCACCGAGGCACACGAACACAUUCAUCAAAGUUAUUGAGGCCCAGCUGACCGUCUGAGCCCAAACCCCACGAGAACACCUGACCUUUAUCGUUCACGGCGAGCGUGUGAGACUGACCGCACGCCAACGCCAUGAUGAUCUGAGCAUCCAGAGCCACGACCUGCUCUGAGGGACACGAAGAAACACCUUUAGAUGAUGAAGAUGAUGAUGAGAGCGGACACUGAUAACUCAGAAACUGCAUCGACGUCUCACCUGGUUUCUUCCUGGACUUGUCGUGGCCCAGCUGUCCCAGGUCGUUGCAGCCGCAGGUGUAAACGGUCCCAUCCUCCAGCAGGAAGGCCGUGUGUCUGUGACCGCAGCCGACGUCACGCACACACUUCCCGUCGAAGAACUCACACCUCCGAGGUUCGACGACGAUCUCCUCGUCGAUCCCCCCCAGACCCAGCUGACCGUACGAAGCGUUCCCCCAGCACAGCAUGUUAGCCUGCUGCUAACAGACCCAGAUCCAGGUCCUCCCCUCUGGAUCUGAAAAAACAGGAGACACAUCAGGGUCUGGACUCCAUUUUAAAGACUCGAACAGAGAGGAGAGAAUACAUUUUAUUUGUGCAAAAGUUUAAAUGGUUAUUUUAAAAGUUCAAUCAGGAACUUUUGGUUUUUCUCAUUCUUGGCACCCCCCUGUGGACAAAAUAGUCUUUGAUUGUUUUGGUUUUGUUUCACAAUUUUUGAUAAAACAUCUUAUCCUGCUGCCUUGGACAAACAAACACAUCAUCCAUUAAAAAUAAUUUAUGUACAAAUUUAAAAACAGGCGUUUGUCUCUGACUGUGAGGCCGACAUCUACCCCCUCACACCGAUUUCAGGUUGUAAAAAUCUUCAGUCAUGUCUCUGAUGGUCUUUUUUGCUUUUGGACCCUUCAGUCGUAGUUUUGAAAUGUAUAUAAAUAAAUAUAUCAGUAUUGAAUAUGGCAAGUUAGAGGUGAAGUUGACUUUACUGUCUGAUGGUUGCUUUAAAACCUGCUUUCCUUCAACAAAAAGGCCACUGGGGUUUAGGUUCGCUUGCAUCUGUGACACGUUCAAUUAUCAGUCCAGUUUGAGUGUUAAAAAAGUAAUUUGAUGUUCAAAAAAGUAAAGAAAACACGCUGAUCCAGGUUCAAAACCUUUGCCGUCAAAUGAAAUAGUGAUAUAAUGACAUGAGGUUAAAACAGGAUGAGAGAAACGGUGAAAAACGGUCAACGGAAAAUUAUCAGAGCUUUACAAAAACCAAUGUCUGACUACACCGGUGAGAUUUAAAUAACCAGCCAAACAUCCCAAAACCACACCCCUCAGUGUUGAUCCCUGGAAGUGACGUACCUAUUAGAAAUAAAACUUUCAACAAAUAUAUUUUGGCUCCUACAACUGGACGACUGGACGACUGGGAGCGGCUCGACUAAACAGUCUGACUGCAGCAGGAAGGAAGGACUCUCGGUAUCUCUCUGUCACACACACUGUGGGCGAAGCAGCCUGUCACUGAAGCUGUGAACUGCUGUAACAGCACUCUGUAGGGGCUGGGAAACACUGACGAUAGCUUGGCCAUCAUCCUCCUGUCCCCCACCACUUCUACAGGGUCCAGAGAGCGGCCCAGGACAGAGCUAACCUUCGUCACCACUUUGUUCAGUAGUAGGACUGAAGCUACUACAUCACAAAUAAUGCUCAGAACAGCACCUAACUUCAUAGUACUAGCCACCAAACACAACUCACCUACUCUCUUCCAGCAGCCGCUUGUUUAUAGCAAGACCUCAGGCCAGUCCAUUACAGACUACAGCGGGGUGCCGCAGCUCAAGGAAGAACAUUUAUGAUCAUUUCUUUAUGGAAAUACAAUCAGACCAAGACGUUAAGGAAGAAGAACUACUGCGUCUGUAAAAUGACCAAUAUGUUGAUUAUUACUUCAAGGAAAUGAUAAAGAAAUUUGUGGCUAUAGAGUGGCGUUUUGGUUGAGGUUUGUUUAUGGCUCCUCAGACUGCUGUGUAUUUCUAUCCUGCAGUCGUUACUAAAGUUGGUAUAACUAGAGAAGCAAGCGGUCGGCAACAUUCAUCUCUGGAGGGGGGGUCUAACUCAGUGUUACGGUGUGUUUGACCCUAAAUUAAUUUUACGUUGGAAUAUCCCUUUAAUGACGAUCACAGGAACAGCCCGCAGUGUCCACACUCAGCAGUGAGGUGGAUUUAUUGAACAUAUAUUACCCUGAGUUUGUUUGGGGAGCUCAGAUAUCAGAGUUAAUGGAGAGUGAAAGAAAACUACUCUGAAACAAGAGGCUAAAUGAAAAAGACAUCGACCAAACCGAAGAAAACACACACAAAUGAUGAUGUGAAACUCAGUCAUAAAUGAUAACUCUUAGUCAGAUAUCAUUUAUAACUGAAGCAGGAUAAUCUUCACACUCACAGCUCUGUUCAAAGUUCAGUUUAAUGGAGGAUUUUAGGACGUCACUGUCAAUUAUUAUGUUCAGUUUGAUAUGACAUGAAAGUAAACUUAGACUACAGGUACCACUGACAUUCUUCCAUCUGUUUAAACUGAAGAUUUAAGUCACAAGAUUCACAUAAACUCUAAUUUAAAGUCAAUAAAAUCACCUACAGUAAAGUAAAAAGGGUCAGUCCAUAUAGUCCAGUAAUGUACAGGACAAUGGUGAGCUAAGCCGGUCUUAGGGGUCCAAACUCACCCUGUCAGGGUUCUGUUCUGCAUAAAAACGCGCUCCCUAUACAAACCUGAUUAUCUUAUUAUCCAAAAUGUAGGAGAUUGUAGUUAGCAAAGAAUGCUAACGAUUGAAUCAAACAUGUUAGAUACAGCAGUCACCAUGAGCUGGUAUCUACAGGCUGGUCUAACCGUAUUAACGUUAGUUAGAGAUCAGUGUAAUUAAAAUAAUAUUCGUUAUAUUUUCUCUGUAAUAUUGAAGAGAAAGAGGUGUAACUCAAACUAACGUAUCUGCACAGUUAAUACCUGAACUUAACUACUUCGUCUGAGCUGAUAACAGAUGAACUGUUCGGAUAAAUCUUACCCAGACUGUCUCAGAGUUUGCUGAUCUGCUCCGACGUUUAAAAAAGAAUAAAUCAGUCAAUUAUUUUCUGUUUUUAAGGAAAAACCUGCAGCUCGUAGUUCACUUCAGGCCCCCGUACAGUCAACAACU